AUGCCCUACAUCAACGCAGUCUAUUACCCUUCAUGGCGCGUCUAUAAAGACAAGCCUCCCUCCAGCUUAGAUGUCGCCUCCAUCACGCACAUCUUUUACGCCUUCGCGCUGGAUCAAUGGGCCGACAAUGAAAAAGAAGUCGACGGCAUCAAAGGAUGUCUCGCCGCCAUUCACAAGCUCAAGGCCGAAACGCCGCAUAUAAAGACAAUUAUCUCCAUCGGCGGUGGCUCCAGUAGCAAGGAAUUUCCCGUCCUUGCUGCGAAUCUGGAUGCGAGGCGGACUUUUGCUCUCGCAAUUCGCGAGUUUUGCGAAAAACAUCACUUAGACGGGGCCGACAUCGACUGGGAACACCCGCAAGACCCAGACGCAGGCGCAAACUACCUCCUCUUCCUCCAAGAUAUCCGCCGCGCCCUCCCCUCCCCUUGGUUUCUCCUCACCACCGCCCUCCCCGUCGGCGAAUACUGUCUCAAGCACAUCGACAUCUCCGCCGCCGCCGCCAUCCUUGACAUGCUCAACCUCAUGACAUACGACUUCUGCGGCGGCUGGACCGACGUCUCCGGCCACCAUGCGCAGCUGCUCCCGCCGAGCCAGGACAUCAACGAAGUCUACCCGACGCUACGCAAGUCAGCCCAUACCGGCGUCACCUAUCUGCUGUCGCGCGGCUUCCCGGCCAACAAGAUCAUUCUCGGUAUACCGGCGUACGCGCGCUUCUUCAGUCAGGCGCGCGGGGCAGGUCAUCCCUUCAAGGGCAGCGGAGAGAUUGAUUACUGCGACUUGCCGGACAAAUGGGUCUGCGAAGCGUGCGUCGAAGAAGCCGGAGCGGCGGCGUGCUUUGUCGAUCAAGACGGCGAUAAGGGAUUCGUGUCGUUUGAUGUGCCGAGUACGGUCCGGAUAAAGGCAAGAUAUGCCAAGUCUAUGGGCUUGGGAGGAUUAUUCUAUUGGACUGGCGUUGGUGACCGGUCAGGAGAUGAGAGUCUCGUCGCUGCGGGCUGGAGUGAGCUCCAGAGCUGA